AUGGUGGCCCCCCAGACACUGCGACGCCUCUCAAAGGAGCUCCUUGCCCUCUCGACGGCGCCGCCAGACGGCGUGCGGGUCGUGCUCGACGAGUCGGAUAUCCUCUCGUUCCGGGCGUGGAUCCAAGGACCUCCGGGUACGCCAUACGAUGCCGGCACCUUUGAGAUCACGUUCGACUUCCAAGGCGUCGACUUCCCCAACGUCCCGCCCGUCUGCAAGUUUGCGACGAAAAUCUUCCAUCCCAACGUAUCGCGGUCGGGCGACAUUUGCGUCUCGACGCUGAAAAAGGACUGGAAACCCGACUACGGCAUCGGACGCAUCCUCGUCACGAUCAAGUGUCUCCUCAUCGCUCCGAACCCCGAUUCGGCACUGGAUCCAGAAGCGUCGAGGCUGCUCCAGGAAGAUUAUGCGCAGUACGCCGAGACGGCCAGACUCUGGACGGAAAUCUACGCCGCCAAACCCCCUCCCGCCGCUGCUGGCCCGUUCCUACCCUCCCAACCUUCCUCCUCCUCCUCCUCCUCCUCCGCGAUGACGACGAGGGUAGAGCAGAACUCGACAUCCAAGGCGCCCGCCCUCGCCCCGGCACCUGCGUCGACGCCAUCGGAUGCGCUCGCCCUCAACCUCGUAGCCGCAAACGCAGUCAAUACCGCAGCAGCCGCUGCAACCGCCGUCGUCGUCUCUGCCACCGCUCUCGCCAAGCAAGGCAUCACCACAACGACAACGACGACGGCGACGUCGGCGACGCAGCCGGCUUCGACUGCCCCCCCGCCCCCCAAAAAAGUCAUGGCUGGCGGCGGACCCAAACGCGGUCUGCGCAGGCUCUGA